UUCAUUUAACUUUACUAUUAUACCAUGUAUAUGCAUUUAUUUGUGAUUGUGCUUUGUUACUAUCUAUUGUUACAAUUGAGUGAUUAAAUACUUACGAGCUUGUCCAAUGUAAAACACAUUCUCCAUCAAAAAGUAAAAAAUAAAAAUUACAAAACUCUCUCUUGGAAAGGAGUGAAGAUAGUACUCACCAUGACAAGAAUUGUUCUUCUUUUUGUCCUCUUUAGUCUAAAUUACCAUUCUCAUGCGGAUUUAAUAGCUGAUACCUGCAAGAAAUCUGAAUAUCCCGAUCUUUGCAAUUCGACUCUAAGGUCAGACCCUCGCAGUGCAAAGGCAGAUGCCACAGGGCUUGCUCGUAUCAUGCUUGAAGCUGCACUUAUUAAAGCUUCUACUACUUUCAAUCAAGUGAAAAAAUUACUUAGCAAGACAACAGAUCCUGUUCUCAAAGAAUAUCUCACCACUUGCACUGAUUUGUAUGAAUCAAUCGUCGAAGAAAUUCCUAAAGCCAUUCAGAAUGUGGGGUCAGAUAACAAUGAAGCUAUCCAUCAAGGAGAUUUGGCCAUUACUGAUGCUGACACUUGUGAUUUUGUAUUCAGUGAUGGACCUAAUAAGCGUAAAUUACCUUUCACGGCUGACAAUAUUGCCGUGCAAAACCUAGUAGCAAUUGCUGAGCAUAUUUUAGCUUCGCUUGGUUAAAUUUCAUCUUUGUAAACCAGAUUCUAUCUUUGUUUUCAAUAUGGAAUGAAUAAAUGAACUUCUUAGUUUUUUUUUUCUUCAUACGCCUGCGUUCUUACUUUCUCACGAUUUAAUACUUGUAGGGCUAAGGAUUAGUGUUGUUUUUUGGUUCAAUCUUGGCAUUUGUUUUGCUCUUAUCACCAAAAAUGCUCAUGGCAUUUAGGAAUCAUGUCCUUUAAAGGUUAUUAAGAUAUUGACAGCACUGCUGAUAUACGAAGCUAUAGUUACAGAGAAUAAUAGUUGAAAGUCAAGGCAUGGUAGCGGAGUCGUCGAAACUUUCUCCAAGGCUUCUCUUGGGAUUUUUCCAUUGCCAUUUUUUGUUCUUUUGUUUAUCUUGCUUUCAUUUUC